UGGAACUCCUGGAAUGCUUAUGGGUGCAACAUUAAUGAACAGAAGAUUUUGUCUGCAGCUCAGGACAUCGUCUCCCUUGGUUUGAAAGAUGCAGGAUACGAAUACGUCAACAUCGACGACUGUUGGGCAACCAUGUCGCGCGAUCCCAGUACUGGCAGGAUAGUACCAGACCCGACAAAGUUUCCAAGCGGAAUAGAUGGUCUAGCUGAACAGAUACAUACUAUGGGACUGAAAAUGGGUAUAUACAGCGAUGCUGGGACUGCGACCUGUGCAGGAUUUCCGGGUUCGCUUGGGAACGAGACUAUUGAUGCGCAAACGUUCGCUGACUGGGGCAUUGAUUGUAUUACAGACAAUUGCAAUGUACCAGCAAACUGGACAGAUAGUGGGGUACGUGCUAUUCACCGUUGUUGGAAAAUUAUGCGUGUUAACUUGCCUGAUCGAAGGUACCACCGAACAACGAUUAUUAGUAAUUAUUCCAAUACGGGGAUCAGGUAUCGUCGGAUGGCCGGCGCUCUUGCGUCCGUCUCGAGGCCUAUUCUUUUUUCAUUAUGUGAAUGGGGAAUUGACAAUGUCUGGGACUGGGGAGGGCGAGUAGGUCACUCGUGGCGUAUGUCUGGAGACGCGACUCCGGCAUGGUCGUACAUCACCGAGAUCAUUGCACUUAAUGUCCAGCAUCUUGACUCAAUCCAGUUCUUCGCCCACAAUGACAUGGAUAUGAUGGAGGUUGGAAAUGGUAAUUUAACCAUUGAAGAGCAGCGGACUCACUUCGCUGCCUGGGCUUUCUUGAAGUCACCUAUUCUCCUCGGAACAGAUCUGAGCCAGCUAAGUGCAGACCAAGUCGCCAUCAUUAGUAACAAGGAGCUACUCGCAUUCUCGCAAGACGCAUCAGUCGCAGAACCAGCAAGACCAUUUACCUCCGACACAUCGUCCCCUCCACAGUUCUUCAGUGGCAAUUCGUCAGCUGGGACACACGUCUUCAUCAUAAACACGGGCUCUAGUACACAGACGAUGAGUUUCAAUUUCGCUGACGUCGAAGGACUGGAGGGUGGACAGAGUUAUUUGGUUCAUGAUAUGUGGAGUGGCGAGGAUAUUGGAGAGUUCUCUGGAAGCUUUUCGACCAGUGUUGCAUCGCAUGAUACGGCUGCAUUGAGUAUCAUUGGACAUACGCACGUCCGUAAGGACUUUAUUGGACACUCGCACUGA